UAGACAUACACGCACACAUAUAUAAUCCAUUCAAAGUUUCUCUCAUCUCACUCUACACUUUCUUACACUCCUACUUGGUGUCCUUUCCAAGUCUUGUUCUAAAUUCUAAUACUUCUCUCUUAUAUAUUGAAAGUUUUAACCUUUUUUGGGCAUAUGGAAAUGGAGAUUUUAGAAGAGUUUACAAAGGAUCAAUUGAUCCUUAAAAGGAAGCGUACCAAGCAGCUAAGGCCAUCACAAUCUAGCUCACCAAGCGGUGGUGGUGGAGAAGAGGGUGGCGGUCGAGGAGGCGGAAACGAGUUCCGUUCAUUGGUUUCAUCUCCCACAACCACAGCAACAUCGAGUGGAAUAUCUACAAGUACCGAGGAAGAUGAAGACAUGGCCAAUUGUCUGAUUCUUUUAGCACAAAGUGGUGACAAGGUGGAGAAAUUUCAUAGCCGAAAAUUCGCAGAAAUGGCCAAUAUAACACAAGGAAAGGUUGGCAUCUAUGUUUAUGAGUGUAAAACUUGCAAUAGAACUUUUCCAUCAUUUCAAGCUUUAGGUGGGCACAGAGCAAGUCACAAGAAGCCCAAGUCUACAACAGAUGAGCAAAGGAUUAGGAAAUCAUUGCCGUUCGACGAAGAAAAGAAAUUGAUCAUCAAUAGGCUUAGUCCACCACCUUCAAUUCAAUCAUCCAACAAAGUUGAUGUUAAGCUUAAAAUCCACGAGUGUUCAAUAUGUGGCUCAGAGUUUUCAUCAGGACAAGCAUUGGGAGGUCACAUGAGAAGGCAUAGGACAGCACCAAAUACUCCUAGUCCUAGAAUUGGCACCGAUGAUUCUGAGGAGCCUAGAAAAAUUCUUGCUUUGGAUCUUAACCUACCGGCGCCUCCGGAGGAUGAUCAUCGACCAGACGAAACAUUUCUUCUCUUCUCCUCCCCGGCCUUAGUCGAUUGCCAAUACUAGAAAACAAGAGUUGACAAAUUGGUUCGAAAGCUAAAAAAAUUAUUCACAUUUUCUUUUUGUUCAUAAUUAUCAGUUGUUAUAAUUCAUAAUUCAUUAAUAUUGUUGUUAUUAAUUCUUUCUUGAUUUUUUAUGUUACUUUGAAGUUGAAUCUUUUGAGUAAGUACCAAAAUACAGUUCGCGGUGGCUUUCAUUCACGAAAAGUUAGUGAUGAGCCUCAUUUUUUUUUUUUUUUAAUAAUUAUUUUCUCUUCUUUCUUAGAGUAGGAAGAACGUGUAGUGUGUGUUUGACAGGAUGGCAUGGACAGGGUUAGGCCUAACCAGCACCACAACUAAAGUCGUGGAUUAGGUUGUCUUUAUUUUUUCGUUACAAAUAAAGUUAAAUAAAAACUUCCUUUGAGUGUCUUUUUAUUAAAUGACAAAGAAUAAAUGGAUAGGAAAGAUGAGUUGGUAA